AACACUCACGUGUUGAUUUCUUUAUUGAACGAUCAUUAACAGUUUUAUGUUGUGUUGUACACAUUAUUUUUCUCGCGUUGUAUUUCUCGCGUGUGUAAUGUAAAGUUGCUUUUGUUAUUAAUAAUAAUAGCAAUAGUCGUAGUUGUUUUAGUAGAAGAAGUAGUAGUAGUCGUAGUAGUAGUAGAAGUAUUUGUUGUUUGUGAUAGUGUCAGUAUCGGCUUAGUCGUUGUGACGGAACCGUCGGAUGUAGGAACCUUUUUUCAACUAUUGUUCAGACGGAAGUGUUUUAGCGGUGCACGGGCGGAUGUUGAUGUAUCACACGAUGCUUCAGUGCCGGUAGUCUGUGUCGCUGUUUGUCUCGUUAAAAUAAGCAGGAAAGUCAACAAAUUGAAUAAGAAUGUCCGCUUCUUUAUUGAGAAGAGGACUUGAGCUCUUCAACAAUGACGUUAAAGAUGCCAGUAAAGGUAAAAGGAAACGGAAGCAGCAGCAGACCCCUAGUCUGGCCACAGCGAAGGAGCUGGUGAGCACCAAACGACAGGGAGUCACCAAACAAGUGAAACGGCUGCAGGGUCGCCAGGGACCCGGAAAGAGCAAGGCCACGGUCAAAGACAAGAGGAUCAAAUCUGCAGUGGGUCAGUCUGUUGCAUUUUUUUCGGUUAGGUGAAAAGUUGAUUUUGUUUGAAUGAAUACGGUAAUGCUACACAAGGAAUAUAUCAGUGCUCUCAUCUAAUCGUAGGAAUCGUAGGUAUGGCUUGUAUUAUUGUGUUAAUUGCAUCAAAUCCAUAUUAAUCCAGAUAAAUUCUUGUUCCACAUGAGAACUGAGCCUAAUAUUUGACCUCCAAUGACCAUAUGUGCAUUUUAU